GGCUGUGUUUACUUGAACCUGACAGUCAACGGGUGAUAUUUCUCUGAUAUUUCUCUGAUAGCCCUCUUUCUUACUUAUCUCUUAUUCUACUACUCUUGGAUCACUGUCGUCUGACAGAAUGGCGGCCCCGGUUCCUAGGGGUGCUUGGUUCAACUGUGGUCAGCAUGGCCACUGGUCGAGGGAAUGUCCACAUAGGGCUAGUAACCAACGGCAUACGGUGGCCACAGGAGCUAAUGCGGAGCCUAUUCUGGCAUUACCGGCGGCAGGAGUCGCGACUACUGCUUCUGCAUCGGCACCAACUACAACUUAUCAGGCGCCACGAACAGGGUGGUGGUCGAGGAAUCAGCAGAUUCUGGACAAGUGUAACGACUUCGUCAGCAAGGCUCAACAGAAAGAAAGAGACCAACUGCAGGCUGAAGAACAAGAGAAGAGAAGACGCAAGGAAGAGGAACAGGCCGCUCAGGUCAAAAAAGAGCGUGAAGAGAUUGAGGAACGAGUGGGACAGAGGUUGGAGGGACGGCUUGCCAGUAUGUGUGAGACACUCGUGGGCAAACGAGCGGACAAGGCAAGCACCAGCACCGAUAAUGAUGAGGUGUCUCGCUUACGUUGCGAAAAUGAGGAUCUACGUGCUAAGUAUGGUAUCAAGGAGGCGCUGCCGUCGACGGGUCUCGUUGACAGGCUUCAAAGAGAAAAUGCUGAGUUGAAAAGGCAGGAGGCACUGUCAAAACAACAAAUGGAGGGUGACUUGGCUGCACGGAGAUGGGAGAUAAAGGACUUGAAGGAGAACCGGGAGAUCAUGGGUAAGGGUGAACUUACCAAGCAAAUCGAAGACCUGCGAUCAGAGAUGGAAGCGCUUCGGAAGCGCAAUGAGGCUGGUGAGGUGUCGGCUGAGCAAUGGCGUAGCGAAACUUUAAGACCGGGCAAUAAACGUGGAAGUAUUAACAUCUCGACUCCUGUCAGCGAAGGGCGGGCCGGGGCGCGCUCCAAGACCACAGCAGCAACUGGCGUUACAAGGAGACUACGUCAUGUAACACUACGUGAGGAGAUCGAGGAUUUGCAAGAGCUGCGAAGAUGUGACAAGACCGAGGUGGACAUGUUGAAGGAAAGGAGGGCACUGGCUGAAGCAAGAAGAGCGGACGCUGAAGCAGAGAUCGUGCGACUGAGAGAAAAAAUGAAGCUGCUAUCUACUGAAGAAGUUGGUUGUGGCACACCCAAGGAGCAUGGGACGAAUCCGAAGGACAAAAUGGAGGAGGCUGCUAAGACAGGUUUCAAAACGGGAAGAAAGGGAAGAGUGAAGAUGACGCCUGGUAGGCUGCCUCGACCCGAUGGAAUUUUCAAAAUUGUCAACGAUAAGUUUGUUUUUCUUCAAGAUGAAAGGAAGCGAUUGAAGGCCCUCAAGAAGACUGGUUUGGAAUUGUUGUGCCAAGAGGAACGUAUUAAGUACAAGACCAUUGACGUUACUGUUGAGGAAUUGGCGCAACUGUAUGCAGAAAGGGCAUUUGGUGGAAGCAGUGAAACCGGUGAAAGGAUUAAUUCUGAACAACGUCCAGCAAGUCCAGACCCCGCUGCUGCUGCUGCUGCUGCUGCUGCAGCGGCAAGUGGUGGUGCAGGGACUUCUGGAACUGUUGCGGCCCCGGGCCCGGACCCAGUAAUGGCUGGGCCGGGCAGCAGCUUUGCUUACCUCGACAGGAAGGUGGCACAGAUUCCGUCCAAGUACGAAGGAAAAGACAACGUCGAGUCAUGGAUCAGCACCAUGCGGUCCUACUUUGAUGUGUUGGGGACACCCCCAGUCACUCAGUCGUCGGUCCUUGGGACCAAUGUGGAACCCGCCGUGAGAGGAUUUCUAGAAAUCCAAGCUGUACAAGCAGGCUAUAAACGUAUAGACCUGAACAAAUGGCUGAAGGCUACGCCUGUAGCCACACUUGAGGAUCUCUUGAUUCAACAGUAUGCCGAUCCACAUGCUGCAGCAAAAGCAAGACUUAAGCUUGAUAAACUCAAGCACAGCAAGUGGACUGGCACCAUGCAAAGUUUGCAGCAGUAUGUCAGUAAGCUCUUUGCUACUCCCAAUUUGAAAAUGACUGCACCGUCUUGCUUGGAUGUGAUAAAAGCAACGGUCCCCUCUGCUGAAAUUCGUCGCCUGGGCCUCAAACUCGCGGAAUAUACAGAUUGGCUUUCCCUCAUGCGGGAUCUAGUCAAGUUGGUGGCACAAGACCUCCCGGGUGGAUCGAGUGGCAAAAGAGCCCUUGGCCGCAAACGGUUUUCUGGCAGCAACCGUUUAGCAGCACACGAUGUGCUAGAGGAUGACGAGGAGAUCCUCGCAGACAACCCUUCUCUUGAUGACGAUCAAGAGCAAGGCUGUGAGGCAUCAUGCUCUGCGUCAACCCACGAGUCUGAGUUGGCCCAAUGUGAAAGAACCACGUGGAAGGACUCACAAUUCAUGGUCAAAGAUGCCAUGGGGAUCGAGCGUCCCGUCCUCUUGGAUGAGCCGCGCGAGUCCCAAGUGACCUUUCUUAAUGCAAUGCAAUUCUGCAAAAAGUGGCGCAGGCGCAAAACUGAUGAGCAAAUUUAUAUAGCCUUUGUUAGGCCUGCUCAUGUGCCUUCUAUUUUUGCUGUACAUAGUGAUUCUGCUUUGCAUGCUGUGUCCACCUCAGAUGCAACUACUUCUACCUCUACUAGGUCCACCUCUAGUCCAAAUGACUCUACUUCUAAUCCUGUUGUUUUGGCUGCACCUAUACAAACUGACAUGCUUGCUCUUGAGAGUGAUGAUCCCCCUCCGGAAAUCCCACCGGACAUUCGCAACCUUCUCAACCGAUUUCCUGACGUCUUGGCCGAACCGCAUGGAGUCCCUGUGCGUCCGGUCCGACACAGGAUCGAGUUGAUUGAAGGUAGCACUCCUCCUAAGGGUUGUGUCUAUCGAAUGGGCUCAGGCGAAUUGGAGGAGUUGCGAAGGCAGAUUGAUGAAAUGAUUGGGAAGGGAUGGAUUAAGCCGAGUGAGUCGGAGUUUGGUGCACUGGUGUUGUUUGUCCCUAAGAAAGGAGGUAAGUUGUGGAUGUGUAUUGACUACCGCGGGUUGAAUCGGAUCACGAGAAAGAAUGCAUAUCCUUUGCCGCGUAUCGAUGAUUUGCUUGAUGUUGCAGGUGGGUGCAAAGUGUUCAGCAAGAUCGAUCUCAAGUCUGGCUACCACCAGAUCGAAGUCGAUCCUGCGGACCAGCACAAAACCGCAUUCAAAACUCGCGAUGGGCUGUACGAGUUCACUGCCAUGCCCUUCGGUCUCACGAAUGCGCCAGCCACCUUUCAAAGUCUCAUGGACAAAGUGUUCCGCCACCAGAUUAACCGGUUUGUUGUUGUUUAUCUGUAUGAUAUACUAAUCUUCAGCAAAUCGAUGGAAGAGCACAUGAGACACCUUGAGGAAGUGAUGCAGAUCCUCAAGGACGCGCAACUCCAUCUCAACUUGGAGAAAUCUGAGUUUGGGAGGGACAGCGUCAUCUACCUUGGACAUCGAUUGUCUGCUGCAGGCCUAGAGCCCGAGGCAACCAAGGUUGAGGUCAUCCAAAGGUGGCCCCAACCUGCGAAUGUCCGCGAGUUGCGUUCUUUUCUUGGUCUUGCGUCGUACUACCGUAAGUUUGUGCCUAAGUUUUCUAUCAUUGCCCGUCCGUUGUCUGGACUAACCAGCAAGAAUGUGUCCUACACAUGGAAUGAGGAGUGCACGACAGCCUUCGAAGCACUAAAGGAGGCUUUGGUGAGUUAUCCGGUGCUCCGCAUUGCAGAUCCCAAGCUUACAUUCGUAGUAACUACGGAUGCAAGUUUGUAUGGGAUUGGUGCAGUACUGCAGCAAGAUGAUGGUGAUGGUUUACGUCCGCUGGAAUACUACAGCAAACGCAUGCCCAGCCACAAGGUAGCUGCCUCCACUUACAUGAGAGAGCUCUAUGCCUUGAGAGAGGCACUAGACCAYUGGAAACACUACCUCUUGGGUCGCCAUUUCAAAGUGUUCUCAGACCAUGAGACUUUGAAAUGGAUUCAGACACAGRUUAACCCAUCAACCACAUURACCCGAUGGCUGCAUGAGAUUGAUGUGUAUGAUUUUGAACUCAAACACAAGAAAGGYUGCUAUAAUCGUGUUGCGGAUGCUUUGUCUCGCCACCCCGAAUAUAUGACUUGCCUUGUGGGUUCCUACGACCUUCGUAAGAAUCUGAAAGAGGAACUCAUUGAGCACACUGCCAAGGAUCCGGAACUCAGUCCCAUCCUUGAGCAGAUUCGGGCUGACCCUAGUAGUCAGCCUGAUUUCCAUGAAUGUAAGGGCCUUCUCUUCCGAUGCUACGAAUGGAAGGACUUCACCUCCCAGGUCUAUGACAUGAAACUCAAGAUGACAUCUGGUCGACAUCCCGAAGCCAAUGGACUGGCCGAGGAGAUCAACCAGACGGUGAUCCAACUUCUCCGAGCCUUAAUUGUGCCUGAUCAGAACUCUUGGGAUGAGGAAUUGCCGAUCGUGCAAGGGUUGUACAACAACUCCAUCCACUCCUCCACCGGUAUGACGCCUAACCGGCUGCAUCUUGGAUGGAAAAUUCGCAAUCCUCUAUCCUACCUGUUCCCUGAACAGCCUCCUGUUCUAACACCUGGCCAACCAGGCUACAGCGCUAAGUACGAUCGGUUGCUCAAGGUUGCUGUCGCAGAUAUGGAAAGGCGACGCAGUGCCAUGAUCAAACACGCAAACAAGAAGCGCCAGCCUGCGCCUUUCACAGUGGGAAGUUAUGUCUGGGUCAAGAUGUCUGAGUUUUCCGAAGAGGAGGGUGUGUCAAGAAAACUUCUCCCUCAGUACUACGGUCCAUGGAAGGUCUUGAACCAGGAUCGUAACAUUUCUCAAGAUCCGGAAGUUUGCGGACUUCAUAGCGUGUAACAGUCUGAGGUCUGGGUCAGUCACCUCUGUUGGUCACUUUGGCAUCAUCCAGCCUCAAUCCAUCUGCUGAAAUUUCAUGGCCCAGAUACAAAAUCUUGGUGCGCCCAAACUCGCAUUUUUCCAAGUUAACUUUGUCCAGGUGCUGUCAUAUGAGACCGAACAUUAUAUUUAGAUGCUCAGCGUACUCCUCUACAAUCCUACUAAAGGUAAAGGAUAUCAUCGAGGUAUAUGACGAUAAACUUGUCUAAGUAGU